AUGGCCAACGAAGCCCCCCGGCCGAAGCUCCUCUGGAAUUCCGACAAUGUCAAAGACGUCGCCGAAUCCGUUGGCAUCAACUCGCUCAACGACGAAGCCCUCAAGGCACUGACGCAGGACGUCGAGUAUCGCAUCGGCCAAGUCAUCAUCGAGGCGCUCCGCCUGAUGCGCGCCGCUCGCAGAACCACCCUCACCGUCAACGACGUCUCCCUCGCACUCAAAGUCCUCGAUGUCGAGCCUCUCUACGGAUACGAUUCCACGCGACCGCUUCGCUACGGCGAGGCGAGCCUUGGUCCCGGCCAACCGUUAUUCUACAUUGAAGAUGAAGAGGUGGAUUUUGAAAAGCUCAUCAAUGCGCCCUUACCCAAAGUUCCUCGCGACAUGAACUUUACAGGUAAGCUGCCAACUCUCCCCCAUUGCCUCGACGUCGCUAAUCCCAAAAAAACAGCCCACUGGCUCGCAAUCGAAGGCGUCCAGCCAUCAAUACCCCAGAACCCAACGACGGCCGAAUCGCGCUCCCAAGAGCUGCUUCCCAAAGGCCCCGGCGCAAAUCCCGCUCUCGCCGCCCUGGCCGGAAACGACAACGUGGCCGUCAAACCCUCUGUCAAACAUAUUGUCAGCAAAGAGCUCAUUCUCUACUUUGACAAGAUCCAGGCCGCCAUUCUGGACGAUAACCCCGACGAAGAAGUCGUCCGUCUGCGCCAAGCAGCACUGGGCUCUGUACGCGACGACCCGGGUCUGCACCAGCUUGUCCCGUACUUUAUCAACUUCAUCAUGGACAGGGUGACGCACCACCUCGACGACACCUUUACACUCCGGCACAUGAUGGAGCUGACGAAUGCCCUCAUCGAAAACAAGAGCCUCUUCCUAGAUCCAUACGCCUCCUCGUUGUCCGCCCCGGCAUUGACGUGCCUGAUGGCCCGGAAGCUAGGCACAGAUGACGGCGUGGACGCCAUGAAGGACCAGUACGAUCUGCGACAGCUGGCGGCGUCGUUGGUGGGCCGCAUCGCCCGCAAGUACUCGGCCUCCAACACCCUGCUGCGUCCAAAGCUCACGCGCACGUGUCUCAAGUACUUCCUGGAUCCCACGAAACCGCCUGCCGUUCUGUACGGAGCCAUCUACGGACUCCUGGAAGCCGGUGGCCCCGAAGCCAUUCGUGUCCUGGUGCUCCGCAACAUGAAGACGUUCGACGCGGCUAUUCUGCAGCCGAUGAGGGACAGGUCCGAGGGCAGCAUCGAAUACGAGAUGCUGGUGCAGGGUCUCGUGCAAGCAGUGGCAUCGCUGGCGCAGCGUGGCGAACUGGGCGCUCCAAACGGGGUCAAUGGUACUGCGUCGGACUCGGAGCUCUCCGAGCUGAGCGAGUUUAUCGGGUCAAUCGUCGGGGGAAAGAUUGCCGCCGCAGGUAAUCGCGCUCUGGUGAGGACGAUACUCGACGCUCGAUCGCUGGCAUAG